AUGGCGCACGAACAACAUGACCAUGACCAUGACCAAGACCAAUCUUACGAUGAAUCCUACGAGAGCACCUACGACAAGACGGUUGAAAUCACCCUGAAGCUGAAGGAGUCAAUGCUCGAGGGCUUGCACGACGACCCUGACGACAGCAGCGACGAUGACUGCGAUAGUGACGACGGCGCCCACCACCCAGAAGGCGCUGACGACUCCCCUCCGGAGCACAUCCAAGAACUUCUCCAGGAGGUCAAAGACGCCUUCCAGGAGGUUAACGAUGCCUCGCAGCAGAGCGAUCCCUCGUGCCACCAUGAAGACGAGAACCUCCAACAGACAUUGAUCAAGCUGCACCAGUCUUUGAAGGAGCUCAAGCCUUUCGGCCGCCGUAUACCUGCGUUCCGCAAGUUUCACAAGCUUGUUCACAAAGCUAUGAAGGGACAUGGACAUGGACAUGGACAUGGACACCCGUCAGACGCCGCCUACGAUGAGUAA